ACUGGCAUAAUAACCAAGAUUAUUUCACUGUAGCUGCACUGAAAUGAGCAGGAACCGUCUGUAAGGAUCACGCCUCUCGCUUUCACCGAGCUCCCUGUUAUUUGCCGAGCACGCUGGGAUCUUGUUCCACCACGACUCACAUUUGAGUCUUCCAGGAAGCUGCCAGCAAUAAUCAAGCGAAGAGGAGCGUGCGUCCCCUUUUGAAUCUCAACUGCCUUCUUCUAGGAAGAAAAAUCAAAGCACCUUCCUGGGGGACAUAUUGGAAUGCACGGUGAAGUCAUAUUAGCGGUGUGCGGUUGAUUUGCCACUUCACACCUGGUCACGUGCUCUCAUGUCACAAAUCAUAUGCUGGUGGUCGUGGACAUGCUGAGGGUGAAGAGGAACGCGACUACUUUUCUGGGAAGGUUCCAAUGAAUUGGUCAUCUGGCCCUGGUCCUAAAGCAGACUUUAUCAUGGAUCACGUGCUGAACAUCGCCGACCACUACAUCUUCACUCUGUACGUCUACCCGACCUCGUGGCCCGAGGACGAGGCUCUGCGUCAGAUCGUCAGUCUGUGGGUGGUGACCACCCUGGGAGCAGAGCUGCUCUACCUGAGCUUCGGUGCUCUCAACUUCUACUACGUGUUUGACCACAAGCUCAUGAAACACCCACAGUUCAUUAAGGACCAGGUCAGAAAAGAGAUCCGGCUUGGAAUCGUCUCUAUCUUCUGGAUGAGCUUCCCAACAGUAGCCAUUUUCUUCUGGGAGGUCAGGGGACACAGCAAACUGUACAACAACAUCAGCGACUCUUAUCUGGGCUGGCCUGGAGUGAUCCUGAGCAUCGCCAGUUUCUUGUUCUUCACCGACAUGAGCAUCUACUGGAUACACCGCUGCCUGCACCAUAAGAGCGUUUACAAGCAAUUACACAAGCAGCACCACAUCUUCAAGGUCCCUACGCCAUUCGCCAGCCACGCCUUCCACCCACUUGACGGCUUCCUGCAGAGCUUACCCUACCACGUCUACACGUUCAUCUUCCCCCUGCACAAGGUGGUCUACCUCUCACUCUUCGUCUUUGUCAACUUCUGGACCAUUUCCAUACACGACGGAGACUACCGCAUCCCCGAGCCUCUGAUAUGUCUGAUCAACGGCGCUGCUCACCACGUCGACCAUCACCUCCACUUCAACUACAACUACGGACAAUACUUUACACUCUGGGAUCGUCUGGGGGGCUCCUACCGACACCCCUCCGCCCUACUGGGGGACGGGUCGCAUGACCACGUUCGCAAGCUUAUGGCAGAGGCAGCCAGACAAAAAACUUGAAUAUGAGGACACGAUAUGUCAUUUUCAAAAAAAUGCAUGAGAUAAAGUACAAGGUGAGGAGCAAUUUAUUUUGUGGACAUAUUUGUUCUGUUUGUAAUUCAGUCUCUGUGGCCGUGAGAUUG